CUAGUUUAUCGGAACUGGCUGAAAUUUGUCAAUUCGCUAGAGCCGGUGCCAAUUUCAUCUGAGCGGCCAUCAAAACAUCGGUUUGCUAGUCUGCACCAAAUGAUUGAGACCCAAAAGCCUCAGACAAAGCCACGCCUCUCUACUCACGGACUCUCAAUUCCUCGUAUAACAACUCAAUUUAUCGGAACCUCAAACAUCCCUCGUCAGAGAUCUACAGUAGGCAGAGAAGUCAAUGCAAGGGAUUCGGAAAGACCGCAUAAAGCCAGACAAAGCGGUAUUCGUGCCAGCACUUCCAGUCCCAAAAAUUUAUUGGUCACCAGCCCAAUUUCGCUUGACCUAGUAGAUUUUGACCCAGCAUCACAAACAGACAGUUUGGAAUGCCUUUCAAGACAUGACGUUUUCCUGAAAUCAACGAGCUCAAUAUCCACCGAAACUGAUGGAACUUUUUCCACUCGUGCCUCCCAUGAACAAGGUGAAACGCUGACAUCGUGGCAAGAGGAUGCUUAUCAAUUUUUGCUUCCUGAAAUUGGUCCAGUGUCAGACAAAAAAGAACUGAAGCAAAGCAGUAGAAAAGAACCUCAUCCAUCAGAGUUUGGUAUUAUUAGCUAUCCUUCUGCCGAAAUGUCAUCGACGUCGCGCAGCUGCGUGGAGAACAACCGGAUGAAUGAGGUUACUGCUCACCUGAAGAUGCUGCUGCGCAGGAAGCCAGUGAGCCGUACUCUUGAGAAAAAAAGUAAUAGAUGA